UUUUUAUAUUUUUAAAGAAAUUUUGAAAUAAUUUUACAUCGCCAGAAUACAGGUGUGGCAAACUUUGGAAUAUUUUAUUCGACAUUUUUGAUAAUGGUGUCACAACAACUUUAUUUUGUUGUUGCAAUCAUUUUUGCUCAGGUAUACAGUUUGUAUGGAAGUAACUCAACGGUAAAUGUUGCUGUGACAGAGUACACGAUAACCCUUCAAUGGGCAUUUUCUGAUCUUAACGCCACCUAUAAUGUUAUCUAUGGCAUUAAGGACAACAGCACAGACAGGAAGACGGACAGUGUCGUUACACCGACCGAUAACCAGACUGGAAUCACCCAUUUAAUUUCAGGGCUGUUUCCAGGGCAGACGUAUGACUUCGAAGUUCAAUUGGAUUCAGUCAUUAAUUUCUCAAACCACAUAACCACAAAACCUUUACCUGUGGAAGAUGUACAAGUAACAAGUGUCACAUCUACCUCUGCUUACAUCACUUGGUUGCCAAGCAACCAGAGUAUACAAGAUUCAUACAAGGUCUUUGUACAGGGUGUCACAGAUAACACUUUCCAGUAUGAGUCUACCAGUGUCAAUGGCCCAGGGUUUUUGCUGCCAGGUCUGGUUGCUAGCAAUAGUUACUCCGUUACUGUGGUAACAUACAGUCAAGGACAGCCGAGUAAUUCCUCACAGGUGUUGAUAAUGAAUACAGCUCCACUGCCUCCUAGAGAUCUGACAGUGGUUGCCAUAGAUAUCCAGAAACUGAACAUCACAUGGGAGACAGUGACAGAUAGUAUACAGGACAGUUUUAUGUUAAGCUACACAUAUAACUCCACCAAUGGAAACAACCUGAAUGAGCUGACUGUGAAUGUCACAUGCAACACAAGCAGUGAGAAAUACUGCGAGCUUUUAAUGCCCGGGAUCCCGGGCCAGGUGUAUGAGAUACGUGUGUAUAGUAAACUGAACGAAGCUGUUAGUGAUGCCGCAAUGACAAUGCAUUCAACAAUUCCGUUACCAGUGAUAGGUCUCGAUGAAAUCCUUAGUAAUGACUCAUCUAUACAUCUGACUUGGACAUUACCGGAUAAUUUAGACUUUGAUUUUCGCCAUUACAUUAUACAUGUCAUGAGCCAGUAUGGUUCAAUGACAUGGGAGUUGACGGGUGACAAGCUGGAGUUACCGUUAACUAAUCUACACGCUGGUUCACAGUAUAAUAUAAGCAUCAUUGUUUCGACUGGAUACGAGACUAGUCCAGCCGUGAAGAAAACAUUUUAUACACACCCAGUUCAAGUUGACAGUUUAACUAACAACAUAUAUCAGGACACUAGUACAGAUUCCUUCAUUGUGUAUUGGACCAUCAAUAGUACUGCCAACUAUGAUAAUUUCAUCAUUAACAUCGACCCGAAACCAGAAAAUACUUCAUUCCCAAUUACACUAGCAGCAGACGUAUUCAACUACACCUUCACAAAUCUUGCACCAGGACGAGGGUACACGGUCUCCUUGGUAACCAAACUUGCAUACAAAGAGAGUGAACCUGUCAACAAUACCUUUAGAACAUUACCAAAUAAACCUACUGAUGCAAGUGUGCAAGUUGUAAGUGGGUCAGAGGUCAAAGUUGACUGGAAGGCAGCAUUUGGUAAUCUGGAUGGCUACCGUCUGACCUUGACAUAUGAUGUGGAUUCAAAAGUUGUAGAACUGACUGACAAAACAUUGAGUUACACAUUUUAUGGACUGGUUCCAGGAACUCAGUAUGUUCUAAAAAUUGAGUCACAGUCUGCAGGAAUGUACAGUGAACCAAUCACAUCAACUUUUACAACAAAUCCGUCCGCUGUUAGUGGUCUACGUGCAAGUAUGGUGAACAGUGAUUCGGUGACAAUUGUAUGGGACGCGCCCACAAACACUUCAUUUGAUACCUAUGAGAUUACAGUUGAUCCAGCCCAUGUGACCUCACCUAUUAUUCUUAACAGUAACAUUACAGAUAUGUCAUAUAAGAUAUCUGGCUUGACCCCUGGUCAAUUUUACACUAUCUCUAUGGUGACAGUAUCCAGUGGUGUAUACAGUGAAAGGCUGACCACUACAGUUAUCACAGGCCCAUUACCAGUGAUGGAUCUGAUGGUAGAGCCACAUGGUGCUGGUCUGAAGGUUUCCUGGAAAAUUCAAAGUACAAGUAAACAGUCAGGAUUCAUAGUCACUUACCAAGAGAUGCCUGCUGGUGUACCAGUCCAGUUACCAGUUGUAGAGUCAGUGGAGAACCAGUCUGAUUAUAGUGUCACAACUCCUGACCUUUUCCCAGGGGGCACAUACAAGGUCAAAGUUCAGGCGUGGCAGAAUGUUUCAGGGGAGAGUGCAGGUUCACCACUACAAGAAAUUAAUGGCACUACAAAACCAAAGGCUGUUGAAAAUAUAACUGCCACAAUUCUUGGUACUGAUGUAAUAGAUUUAGACUGGUCUGCCCCUUCUGAGAGCAUACACAGUCACUAUGUUGUGAAACAUAGACCCAGUCUGAGAAACCCAAAUGUAUUAUGGGUAGAGAAUUCGACCUUGAGCACUAACUUGACCUUGCCAGAUUUAAUGCCAGGAGAGAGAUAUGAGAUUGAGGUGUACGCGGUGUCGGACUCAGUCAGGAGUAAUGUCAGGAUUGUACAUGUCACAGUUCCACCACUUCCCCCACCGUCGGUCACAGUUUUAACAGAGAACACAUCAACAACCUCCGUCACCCUACAAUGGCUGUACAAAACAAGCGUCACCUAUGUUGAAAACUGGGUCAUCAGUUACUUUGACAACACAGGAAUCAAAGUGAAUCAGACGGUUCCUCGUCCAGCUACAGCAAAAAUAGUCGAAGCUACAGUAGAUGGAUUGGUACCAGGCUUCAAAUAUGACAUGGCUGUGCAAGCAGUUGUCCAGGAGAAAACCUCAAGCCCGGUCUCUACACCUGCUGUAACCAAACCAGUAAACAACAUUGCUAUUAAGUUUGAGACCAUCCCAACAAACUCAUCAUUUAUCAUCUCCUACGAAGAAAUUUCCAAUGAUUAUUUUGAUGAAAUAGUUUUCACUGUUUUGAAUGAUGUACACCGUAAACCAAAGGCUGCUGAUAACAAGCAGGUAGAGUUUACCUCCCUUGAUGCAGGUACUCUCUACACUGUGAAAGUACAAACAGUGAGUGGAGGGGAGAAAAGUGAGAUUAAAUCACUGCAGGCACAAACAUUGCCAAAUGCACCCAUUGUCUCUGUUACUCCUUUGGCGAGCAGUAUGGACUUGACCAUUACUCGACCAAGUGGAGGUGUGGAUAAAUACAGGAUCGAAUGUUUUAAUCCGAGUAACGUGAAGGUGAAGGAUGAAACUGUGGAUGUGACACAAGAUGUCAUGACACUGACGAUAGACAAUCUCAUGCCAUAUACAACAUAUAACUGUAAAUGGACAUCCCUGUUUUCACUGUAUCAGAACUAUGUCAGUGUAUCUGUUGAUACACAAGAAGGAGCUCCAUCUGUUGUUCGAGAUUUGACAGCAAUGGAAAGUGCACCUACGCAAGUUGAUCUGAGCUGGACGAUGCCAGAAUUCCAGAAUGGGAUUAUAAUUCAAUAUACUGUCAGCUAUUUAGGACACAAAGGGACUGACACAGUUGAAGGCUCGGCAAAGGUCCCCUUUCCUACAACUAAACAAAUCUUCACAGGUCUUAAAGCAGGAUAUACAUAUACAUUCCAUGUUGUUGCGGAGACAGCUGCUGGUGAAAGUAUGGCUGCCUCUAUUAUACUUCUACUUAAUACAUACAAGCCUCCAUACAAAGAUGGUGUCGACAAAUUCACUGCCAUGCCAAAAUCUGUUGAUAGUAAGAUAGCUGCACCAAGUCCCUACAAAAUUGUGAUGAACUUUACAAAUGUGUUCUCGGACAAGUACGGAGAGGUCAAUUAUUACACUGUCAUAGCAACAGAAGAUAAAGACGCUAUAGAUAUAAAGACAAAGCCUGUUCUCCCUGGCUGGAAAGUAGCGAGACAAGAUGCUUCAAUAAAGGCUUAUCAGGUAAUAUCAAACUGUUCAACAUUUUUUGAUGCCGGGUCCUCGUGCGAUGGCCAGUUUGUUGUGAGAACAAAGAGAGCGGCACAGGAAGUCGGAUACAAGGUGUUCGAAAUUGGUUCGGAAACUGGCUGUGAGAACAAGUUUUACUGUAACGGUCCACUGAAGCCAGACACCACGUAUUAUAUACUUUUGAGGGCGUACACAACAAUGGAAUAUGCAGAUACCCCAUUUUCUGAUCCAAUUAGGACUGCCGCUUUGCCCGGGGAGUCAAAAGGUGCAAAUGUCGGUGGAAUAGUGGGUGGGGUAAUUGCAGCUAUUGUUGCGAUCGCUAUCAUCAUCAUUAUUGUUGUUAUAAUGAGGCGUAGAAUGGAUAAGAAAAGCAAUAUGUACAGACAUAACCCUGGUGAACAGAUGACCCAUAGGUCGUCCCUGACCAACAGGAAGACAUAUGGACCAGUUAAUCUUGCUAAUUUCAAGCACCAUAUACAGAUGAUGAAGGCUGAUUCUGAUUUCAAAUAUGCUGAACAGUUUGAGGAUCUUAAAGACGUUGGACGAGGGCAGCCAUGUUCUGCAGCAGAGCUUGCCUGUAAUCGUGGCAAGAACCGAUUCACCAAUAUCCUACCAUAUGAUCACUCCAGGGUUAAACUACUGCCUAUAGAUGAUGAGGAAGGCUCUGAUUAUAUUAAUGCUAACUAUAUACCUGGCCACAACUCACGUAGGGAGUACAUAGUAUCACAGGGAGCUCUACCUGCAACCAGGGAUGAUUUCUGGAGAAUGUUAUGGGAACAAAAUUGUAGAAAUAUUGUCAUGUUAACAAAAUGUGUAGAAAAAGGAAGGGAAAAGUGUGACAAGUACUGGCCUUCAGGAUCCGAUGCAGUAUUUUAUGGUGACCUUCAGGUGGCCACUCUUAAUGAGACUCUCUUUCCUGAUUGGACGGUCACGGAAUUCAGGGUUUCUUUGGGUGACCAAUCACGACAAAUAAGGCAUUUUCAUUUUACCUCAUGGCCAGACUUUGGUGUACCAAAGAAAGAACAGGUGCUUGUUAGAUUUGUCAGAAUGGUUCGUGAAAAAUUGAUGAAAGAUGCUGGACCAAUCAUAGUUCACUGCAGUGCUGGUGUUGGAAGGUCAGGAACAUUUGUGGUGCUGGACAGACUUCUACAACAUAUCAAAACCAAUGAUUCAUUAGAUAUAUACAAUACUGUGGCAGAACUGAGGAAAGAACGGGUCUGGAUGGUACAGACUGAGCAACAGUAUAUUUGUAUCCACAACUGUAUUUUGUGUGUGUUGGAAGGCCGGGAAGAUGAGCAUAUUUAUGAUAAUGUCGGACAUGCUAACAUUGCCUUUGAAGAUAAUACGGACACAAAUAGAAAUGUAGGUAAAACCGUGGAGGAUAAGAUACAGAUAAUAUUGGAGUCCGGCUACUGAAUUAUGAUGAAGGUGUGGACCUUAAUUAAAACAUCAAAAGCUACAAGAGUCUUUCAUGUGUGAGCCCAUCAUCAAAGAAUUGUCUUCUUUUCCAUAAUUAUUUUAUUAUGUAGUUGUGUUAUUUUCUUUUCUUUUCUUUCGUUCUGAAACUUUAGAGUACUCUCUGAUUUUUUGUGCGCAUUGUUUAAUUUUCAGAAAACUUUUGUAUUAUUUUUAACUGUAAGUAAUCAAUUUUAUUGAACUAAUUGCUGGCGUAAUAAAACUGCUCUAUUUAGCAUAAUGGAUAAAUUGAUUGUAAAAGGUCAGACAGCGUUUUAUUUGUACAAUUGACAAAUGAACCCAUUUAAAAUUUAUUUUUCAGUAAUAAAUUAAAGGUCUUAAAAUGGAACAUUCUUAAUUGCUAAGUGAAAAUCUAUUUAAUUGAUUUUCUUUUGUUUUUGUUUAGAUAGUUCAAUAUUUUAUUCAAUACACUGUAAGAUAAGCUAGAUUUUUAUACAUAACUAAUUUGUAUUAUUUCAAUAUCACCCAAAAACGAUCAUGUUUAUAUUUAUGCAUAUAUUGAAUUUUCUUCAAUUAGAUAAUGUACACAAGAAUUGUUUUAAAAAAUGUUAUGUCUAAUUCCCUUUGGUAUUGACACUCAAAUGUUCUAAAUAAUUAUUUUUUAUCAGCCUGAGUUACUUGAAUUUCUGUAUACUGAUCAAAUUGUCAAAUUAUAUUUUAAUUUAUGUAGUUGUUUUUUUUCCAAACGAAAUCCUCAUUGUAGAUGUUUUCAAAAAUAUUUUCAAAAAUAUUUAUAUUUUAUAAUCAAGUUUCAAACUUGAUGUGAAAUACUGUGUGCUUUUUAUCAAUAAAUAUGUGCCUUUUUAUUCAUCACUGUAUAUUCCAACUCCACAAAAGUCUACUUAAAUAUAGGAUAUAUCCAGACUUUUUAUGUGUCUGGAUGUAGCAAAAAAUUAGACAUGAAAUAUAUUAGACAUAAAAUUCGAUAUGUGCAUUUAUUGUAAAUUCACAGCAUUAUUUUAGAGUCCAUGUAUAAUAAAUAAUCUUAAUUUGAUGGCAAAAAAUCCAGCUGUGUACAAUUCAAAGUACAAAUGUAUUAUAAUGGUCAAAAUAACAAACAUUGGAAGGUCAAACAUCUUAGCCAGAAAAAAAACCAUACACCAGAAUUUUUAUUGUUUACAUCAUUCUGCACAUAAAAAUUAUUUCUUGUUAUUAAAUUAAGUUUAUUUGUCUGUAUAUGAUUAAUUUGGCUAAAUAUUAAAAACUGUUUACAGUGAUUUCACUUAACUUUCUUGGGCAUUAAAUUUUGUGGUGUUGCCACACAAGAAUUUCAUGGAUUCUUAAUUGAAAAAUUGUUUGAAUUAUUAUUAGUUGGAUCACUGAUCCACAAAAAAAUCCACAUAAAUUAUGCCUCAUGAAUAAUAAUGAUUUAGCAGUAUCUAUAAAAUUUCCAAAAAAAAUAAGAAUGAAUCUUGAGGUGUGCACUCUUUGUUAAGGAAGAAUAAGGGGUUCCAAUAAGAAGAUGAAUUGGUCUUAAUCUCAGUAAAAAUGCACAUUUUUGUUAUAUUUGUCUACACAUUUCCAGUGCCUUGUGUAAAUUUAAUCAAAGGUAUCGUUAAAGUUAUGUUUUGAACAAAAUGUGAUCAUUUUUGUUAAUUGUUAAAAAAAGAAAGAUAUUAUACUAUUUUUGUACUAGAUUGUUAAACAUUUAAUUAUACUGUUAUCACACUGUAUUUGUUAUAUUCCUUUUUGUCUGUUAGAUUAUAUACAGAUUAAUACAGUCAAACUUGUGUUAAAGGCCACCUCUGAAUUGAGAUGUCCCUGUAAAUAAAGUUCACCCUUUAACAAUGAUUCAUUGAUAAAAAUCGAACAUAGUAAACUCUGGAUUAAGACCACUUGCCUAUAAAAGCCAUUCCAGUCUCUCCUUAGAGUGGCCUUUCUUCACAGGUUUGUAUGUAUUGUUUGGAGGGACCAUGAUCAAAUUGCUUAACUAUGUUUCAUACUAAAAUUUUAUUGAUGUAUACUAAGUUUAUAAUUGUGUGAAGAAUAAAUGCUGAAAUCAUUCCAAAGUGAAGUGCUAUACAGAUUGAAAAAUAUUUUCCCAGAAUAAUAGGUGAAUAUAUGUAGGUUUGGUUGAAUUGAGGAAAAGAAAUAUAAAUUUAGAUUUUAUCUAAAUAUAGAAGGUGUGUCUUAAUUACCAGGGAGGGGAUAAAGUAUAAAUAUUAAGUUGAAUUUAGAAACAAAAUUACACCGAUUGUAGACCAAAAUAAAAUUGAUUUAUGUCUUUGUUAUAUUAUAUUGUCACCUUAGUACAGUAACGGGUUAACUCCUUAUAUGAUUUAAUACUGUACCAAUAUUACAAUUUUGGGAGAUUCCUAUCAACAAAGUGAACCGUUUUUAGCAGUUCAUGUGCCUUUCUGCAUUACAUUUUGAUUUGUAGCAUUCCAUUCUUUAUUUCAGGGAUUACUGUUACAUGUGAACGUUAAUAGCUGACAAUAUCAAGUCUGAAAUCAGACUGCACUUGUGCAGAACUGAAUAUAGACCUUGCACAUCUAAUUCUGUCAGGAAAAAUCCAGUAAUUGCCUUGAUAUUUUUUUACAAAUAAAUCCUAAAGAACUAAAAUCGAUUUGGCAAAUGUUUGCGAAACAAGUUUUAUUUUGUUUAAAUGUUCUGCACGUUCAACAAAGCUUUUUGUCUGUGUUUUUUUUUUUUAUCUGAUUAUUGAUUGCAAAUUAAUUUUGCCAAUUUUAGUAGAUGUAGAAUUGAUGUCAUUUUGGAUACGUGUCUGUUAGCUGUCGGGUUAUCAAAUAAUUAAAAAUAGUCAUUACAAUUAGGGUUUUUUUUAAAAAUAUGUACAUGUACAAGUAGGUCCAAUUAACAUGUUUAUGACCAAGCAUUAUUGUAUUUAAACAUUUAUGUAUAAUAUAAGAUCGUUAUCUUUUAAUGUACAAAGGUUGUAUAAAGCAUAGUAUUACGUCGUUUUUGUUAAAAUUGUAAUUAUUUUUAUUUCUUAUAUUUGCAUUAAUCAUGAUUCAAUUUUGUGUGUGUAAAUUUGUACUUUGCGAUGUCAAAUUUUGUCCGAUAUUUUUUCGCAUUUGAGCUGCGCCAUGACAAAACCAUCAUAAUGGGUUAUCACUUUAUCUACUUGUUAUAGGGUUUGCAAGCGAACAGCAUGGAUCCUGAUCAGACUGCGCGGAUGCGCAGGCUGGUCUGGAUCCAUGCUGGUCGCAAAACCAUUACGUUGGUUUUGUCAUGGCGCGGCUCAUUUGUUUACAAACAUCACCAUAGAAUUUUCAACCUAAGCAGCUAGAAUGUUCAUAUUGUCAUCUUUUUCUAAUCAGACAAAGCCUUCUAGAUGUAAAUUGAGAAAUUUUUGUUUCAUUUUUAACAUUGCUAUAUUUGAAAAACUUCAAAACAUACAUUGUUAUAUUUGUUGGCACUAAAAGAUUUAAUAUAAUAUGCUUUGAAUUUUCAUUUUUACUUUAAUAAUUGGAAAUGUUGUGAUAAAAGCAUACUUUUUCCUGUAUCAAAUUUUGGUCUAGGGCAUUACAAUGAUAUACUAAGUCACUCUGACCAGGUUUAUUUUCUCAUAUAUUAUUGAUAUUAUUUGCUGUUUAUUUUUCAGUCUUUUAUGAUAAUUGUAAAUUCCACAUAUUAUAUUUUGAGAUAUUAUUCAGCUCCACGUUUGUUUUAAUCAUGCCUGCCAAAUGGUGUUCCAAAUGUAUAAAUAGAGGAUUUUUAUGUAUGAUUUAUUUUUAGAAUUGCUCGAAGAUAUUUGAGUAUAAAUGUAGUUCAGGGGUGUGAUAUUUAAGUUUGACCAAGAAGCUGCCAUUGUGAACACAUUGCUAUGCUAUGCUAUUUGUCCUUUUCUGCUAUCUAGUCUUUUUAAAGAUUUGAUAAUAAUGUGAUUAAAGAUUAAAUCAUUAGAUUAGGUGUCUUAAAUUAUAUAAAUUGUAUAGCACUGAAAGUUACAUCUUAUAAAGGCACUAGGAAAUCAGUUUUCUUGUAUGCACUGAUUCGAUUGAACAAGUUUUGACAGGUUCUUACCAGUUUGAAUCAUGCAAUUUGAUUAGUUAAAAUGUGCUAAAUAAUGUGGUUUGUCUAACAUUAAGCUCCUUCAGGAAAUGGUUUGAAUAGUUUAUUUUUAGUAACAUUUCUUAACUGAUGCACUGACUUUAAAAAUUUUAUUGAAUUGGUUAAAAAGAAAUAAUCUCAACCAAUUUAAUAAACCAGAAAAACUUGGUUGAACUGACGCCAUAUUUUAUAAGACAUUGAAAUAUAAAAAAGUGCACAUAUAUUUGCAUGGAUAUAUUAUUGUGAUGGGAAGUAAAGUGGCAAAUUAGGGUUUACCUUUUUGAAAUACACAAGAACUUAAAUAACCAUGCAACAUUUCUAAAUACAGCCGUUUAUAUGUUUUUCUAUAAGCAACAUCAAAAGUGUGGUAAUUCUAUGUUUAGUUUAAUAUAUCAAACACUACUGGAGUUACAUGCCAAUGUUUGUUCAUGACGCCGGCAGUCCUAUUUAUUUUACAUACUAAGGAUGUUAUAUCUAUUGAGCUUAACAGGAUAUGAAACUAA